UUGUUUUGGUCACGCGAGUUAUUCGUUACAAUAGUUAUUCAGUCAUUAUGCAUGCUUGGUUUACCAAGUAGAACUACAAGAGGAAAAGGACUACUUUGAAGUAGGUUGUAGGUGUGAUUAAUUCUGUGGGCACCACGUGAAGGGGGCGCAACUAUCGUUAAGGGGACGCACCCGCGGGAUAUGACCCUGUACCGAACACACUCAAAAACUUCGACCAGAGCAUCGGACCUUUUGGGAGUCUACUUUACUUCAACAACGAUUAAAACCUGCUAUAUGACAGAUGCCAGAACGAUAUUGAUUUCUGUUAAAUUACAAACAGUUUGAUUUAAACCUCUUUUGUUUAAUAUUUUUAAGAGGAGCCUUCAUUCAGUUGCACGUUGUUUUGAAAUCGAAUGCAUUGGGUUUGUGCAGUGUUGGAGGAGAGCCCAUCACUAUAAUUGACACCACUGGCCAAUUGGUUUUCUGAUACCGGUGAGCAUGGCAGUAUUAUGGGAUGACCCGUUCACGUUGCUGUGGAGACGGACUGUAAUCUAUUCCGUUCUGAUGAUGUUGAUGAGUGGCGCGCACACUUUUGGAGAUGGAGACUUCAGUGGAGAGUCCUGGCUGCGAUUGUACGGCUACCUCCCGCAGGCCAGUAGGCAGAUGUCCACCAUGCGCUCGGCUCAAAUCCUGUCGAAUGCCAUCAGCGAUAUGCAGCGCUUUUAUGGCCUGGAAAUCACUGGAGAGUUGGACCCAAUCACCAUUGAUGCCAUGAAGAGACCACGCUGUGGCGUCCCAGACAAGUUUGGGGGUCAAAUCAAGACCAAUGUGCGGCGGAAGCGUUAUGCUCUCACGGGCCACAAGUGGGACAAGACUCACUUAACUUUCAGUAUUCAGAACUACACCCCUAAGAUCGGGGAGUACAACUCAUAUGAAGCCAUCCGGAAGGCCUUCAAGGUGUGGGAGAAGGUGACGCCACUCACAUUCGAUGAAAUCCCUUUCCGGGAGGUCAAAUACGGCCGUCGAAAGGAGCCCGAUAUUAUGAUCUUCUUUGCUUCUGGUUUCCAUGGUGACAGUUCACCGUUUGAUGGAGAGGGAGGUUUCCUGGCACAUGCCUACUUCCCGGGUCCAGGGAUGGGUGGAGAUACUCACUUUGACUCUGACGAGCCAUGGACCAUUGGCUCACAAAACCUACAGGGUAAUGAUCUGUUCCUGGUAGCUGUGCAUGAGUUGGGCCAUGCCCUUGGACUGGAACACUCCAAUAAUCCCUUGGCUAUUAUGGCUCCUUUCUAUCAGUGGAUGGACACGGAAAACUUUGAGCUUCCUGAAGAUGAUCUCCGUGGGGUUCAGCAGAUUUACGGACCCCCUAGUAGUGCUCCCACCCAGGCUCUCCCCACAGUGACCCCUCGGCGACCAACCCAGUCUGACCCGAGGUACCCUCCUAAGAACCCUCCCGGAGCGCCUCCCCGUCGGCCGGAAAGGCCUCGCACCACUGACCGCCCAGAUAACUAUGGCCCGAACAUCUGUGAAGGCAAUUUUGACACGGUCACCAUGCUUAGAGGAGAGAUGUUUGUUUUUAAGGGUCGAUGGUUCUGGAGAGUGAGGCAUAACAGAGUGCUGGAUAACUACCCCAUGCCUAUCGGACACUUCUGGAGGGGUCUGCCGGGAGACAUUGAUGCAGCAUAUGAACGGCAUGAUGGCCGAUUUGUGUUUUUCAAAGGAAGUCAGUACUGGUUGUUCAGGGAAGCCAAUCUGGAGCAGGGUUACCCUCAAGAGCUGGUGGACUAUGGCCAAGGUAUCCCCUACGAUAAGAUAGAGACAGCCAUCUGGUGGGAGCCUUCUGGAUUCACUUACUACUUCAAAGGAGACUGGUACUGGCGCUUUAAUGAGCACUCUCGAGCUGCAGAUCAGGACUACCCAAAACCAAUUAGUGUGUGGGGCACUUCUGUGCCAUCCUCUCCCAAAGGGGCCUUCCUCAGCGAUGAUGGAGCUUAUACAUACUUCUACAAGGGUGCAAAGUACUGGAAAUUCGACAACCACAGAAUGAAGAGUGAGCCGGGCUACCCAAAGUCCAUUCUGAGAGACUUCAUGGGCUGUAACGUGGACCUUGAUCCCGACCGAGAAACAGACGUGGACCCGGGACGCAAGUGGCCUGAACGCCCACCUUUUAACCCAGAUACAGAGCGAGACAAAGACAAGGAAAAGGACAAAGAGCGGGACAACACUAAUGAUGUUGACCACAAAGAAGAGACUGAAGAGGAAACAAAUGAGGUAGAUGUAGUUUUGAAGAUAGACGAGACGGAGCGUACCAUGAAAAUCAUCAUGGUGACGGUACCGCUGGUCCUGGUGCUGUGCAUCUUAGGAUUGAUCUACGCAAUCAUCAAUACUCUACAGAGGAAAGGAGCACCCAAGUAUUUUGUACACUGCAGACGUUCAAUGCAAGAUUGGGUUUAAACCCUCACGAUGCCCCGUAAACUCUCACUCUUACACUGUGUCCUAACCAAACGCGACAGGAUUCAAGAUUCCAGCGACAAGCGAUUUGUCCAGCCAUACUGAAAGCGAAACUGCAGCACGAAGCAAUACAAUCAAAGCCAAUCGGAACAUAUUUGAUGGUUAAUGUGCAAUUAUGAGAAGCAGUAUUUUGAGAGUUCGCAGGAAUUUGAGUUUUACCCAAAACGACUGACAAAAUGCCUUGUGCUUGUCGUGGUCAUAUCUGGUUAAAACAUUUAAGUGAGAGCUUUUAUUGUUUGUCACCAUAUUUUGUUGCGUCUCGUUAGGACACUGUGUUUCAUGUUCGCUCUGUACACACGUUACUUCCCUUCCUAUGGUGCUGUCCUAACAUGAUGAAUAGUAUAUUUAUAUUGGAAAUUUUGCACAUUGAUUUCGUUGUUCGGGUUUCGUAUUCAUAAUAAUAGUUUUUAUUUUGAUUAAUUUGUUUGUGGGUUUCUCAAUGUCUUUUUUGAUGUAACAAUUAGUUACCUAGAUCUACAAUCACUGUGUAUAAGAGCAACUGACAAGCAGAUAUUUCACAUCUUGCAGAGGAAAAAGGAUGUUGAGGAUGGAAUAUCUCUUCUAGGAAUAUUUCUACCUACGUCCAUAUUUUCCCAUGAAUCUUCGCUGUGGUCUUCCAACAGACUGCGCAAGUUAUAAUAUACUUGGUGGAAAUUCAAACUAGAAUUUCCAUGUUUCUUUCAUUUGUUCUUUUCUUCUCAUUUAACAUGUAUUGAGACUGGGUGUGGUAUUGGAAUAGUUCACCUAAUUGCCUAUAUUAUUUACCUGCAAUAGCUUAAUCUACAGUAUCAUUGAUUGGUUUGCACCCAACUUAUUUGGUAUCUUCUGCGAUUUGAUAUCACCUUUUGACACCAUGUUGGAAAUGCUGGUGCAGACUUUCUUCAUAUUAGUAAAGACAAUACAGUCACGACUGUGGCCAUUUACAUCAUAACUUCUUUAAAGUAUGUCCACAAAUGUUUUUAAGUCAUCCAGGUCGGUAUAGAAUGUCAAGUAAACUAAUUCACAAGCAACUAGACUUGUUUAGCCGACCAGUAAAUUGCAUUUAAUUGAGUUUUACAUGAUGCUCCAUAGCUCUUUGUUUCGACAUCAUAAAACAGGGACUUUUCUGAGGAUUUUGCCUACCUUGCAUGAACAUAAAAAAAAUCACAUUUUAUUGCCUUGCUGAACCACUCAUUCUUUUGUUUUAACCAUUGUGCCUUGGUCCUGCAAGCCAAAAACUUUUUUGUGGUUUUGUUCAUAUUUGUAGAGAGCCCUUUUGACCACUUUCUUUUAUCCCCCAAUGGUUCAGAGAUACUGUGGUGAUUGUAAUAUUUUAUUGCCAUUUGUCAUUUCAGUUGCUUUCAUUUAUGACAGAAAGGCAGCAUACUUGGUAGGGGUUUUUGAAAAUAUUUAGGCUUUGGAGGCUGAGGGAAUAUCUUCUAGUAACGUUUGCUGAUGCAGGAGCCAUUCGCUAAGUGUAUAUGCAUAUUUAUAUAAUGGCUUUACAUUGUUAAAUCAAAAGAACAUGUGAAAAAAGAACCAUAAAAUGCAUAACACUAGUGUGCACCAAUUUAAAACGCCAUAAAAUAUACUCAAGUAAGCUUCUUGUGUCCCAAUUAUUAAAAAUAAAACCUUAGAGGGGGCCCACUGUUGCCUUCAUGUAGGGACUGUUAGAUAAUCCUCUCAUUUUAAAAACAGCAGGGGGUGAAAUGCACUGCUAACCUCUUCGAACCCCAACCCAAAGAAAUACCACUCUCGUCGACACUGCUAGGUGGUCGAAGACAAGAGAGAAAGAAGAUAACUGUGUGAGUUCAAAAGGAAAGGGUUAAGAUGGAGAAACUUUAUCUCCAAACUCUUUCAAGUGGGAUUACAGUGUGUUAGUACAGAUGCUGAGCUGGACUAUAUUACAGUGAUGGGGCAGAUUUCAAGAGUGGGGGAGCAGUAUACAGGCACAGCUGGGAUAAACCCUCUGCCAGCUCCCUUAAGGCUGAAACAUUCUCUAUGCAAGUACAUGAACGCAAACAACAUCCACUAUGGUACCUUGGUGUAGCAUGUUCUGUAAAUACUAUGGUACAUGACUUGGGUUAAGGCUAGGUUUUACUUCGUUUUUCUGUGUGCUGUUCAGUCUUGUGCAUGUUCGAGCAUUCAGCCUUUCAAAGUGUACUUUUGAUGGCGAUCUCAUAUGGGCGCUUUGGACGCAUGCCCACUAUAACUGCUUUGCAAUACUCUUUUUGUACAGUCAAUGAUGCACAGACUAGGACAUGGACAGUCCACGCAUAAGAUUGCACAAGAUUUUCCGGCAUGCGGUAAAUCGAAGAAUACUUUGGCCAUAAUCAUUCAGUACCAAUGAAUACAGGGUCAGAUCUUGUUCUCAUGAAACCCCCAAGCGCACAUCUUUGGAUAAUUGUAAAACGUAAGACGCUUCGACAUGCAUUAUUUCCGUCAGGCGUUUAUUUACUUUCCGCCUCUUUGACACGUUGCGGUAAUGUCGAGGAAAGGCACCGAGUUUUUUAAACAUACCGUCUCAUUUCCAAAAAUUAAAGCUGAAAUAUAUAUACAAACGGACAUGAAUCUAUAACAAUGCUAUCAAACUGGAGAGUAGCCAAAACAACUGUGAUACAACGUCGUCCACCAUUUUGUUUUGGACUGAAUGGGUCACAUGACUGCGUCAAGGCAUCAUCGUUUUCACAGUCCAAACUACAACGCGAAAAACGGCGUUUUCAAAUGUAUCCACUUUGGAGUGCGUUUUCAAAAAGCUCAAGGACAAAAACGCUGUCUCAUUGUGGACGGAAGGCCAAAACGGAGAGAAAAAGAUGCGUUUUCAAACGAAAACGUAUUAGUGUGGACAAAGCAUAAGCGACAAGGGUGAUUUGGCUAUAAACUACAUUUCAAAUAUGUUUCCAGCUACGCAUGCUCGAUUUUGUCAGCGCAAUUCAUAAAAGAUGACAUCUCACUAGUCGACUUUUCAGUCUCAAGUUUCUUUUACAUAAUCGCUGGCCAGUCAGAUGGAGUCGGAGCUCGCGUUAGCAUCUGCCAGCAGAAGGUCGGCAACUCCUUAAAUCAAAAGUCUACAGAAACUGAUGAGUUUAAAAAAAUCGUUCAGUUGCUGAGACGGGCUCUUUUAGUCUCAUCAAGUGGCCAGUGAGCUGCUGCUUUAACUGAAGGAUUGACCAGAUGUCAUACUCUGAUCUGAACGUCAGUAGAUGUGACACCCUCUGCCAAAAUCGAGUUGUUUGUAGUCGGCUAGUCAGAUGCUUGCUCAACUCGGCGCAAGUAGUGCAACAGUGAGCCUUUGCAUAAACAGUUCUCUUUCAGGUCAACUACCAUGGCAGAACAAGAGUUAGGGACUAACAAAAGUUAAAGCUGACAUGUUUGUAGCUCGCUAUCUGAAUAACACAUCUGUUAUAAAAGGUGAAAUGUGUCAUUUCUGCACUGCUAAUGCCACCAAACAAACUAAAUUGCAUAAAUAAUGAUUGUUUCAACAAACUGCUAAACACUCCUAGACAAAAAGGUGUUGAAGUUGCAGAAUGCAAUUUUCGGUUGGUGCCACAGAGUUUUUUAUUUUUAAGCACAACAGCAUUUAAGGACGUACAACGGAACAAUGUGCAAUGCCUUGGCUACUUGCAUAGAGUAUAUUUCUGGCCUGAGCUGGUUGAUAAGCAGUAUGUGUGUCAAUGCCAUCCCUUUAUGAGAGCUUGCUGGCACACUAUCCCACAGCCCACAUUGCCAGGGUCUGCAAGUUAUUUUCAGAACACUUUCUUAGACCGGCAACGGAAAUAGGAUCCCAGUUUCAUUCACAAAUUUUGAUCAUGCUGAUGUGAUCCACAAGGCAAAUUAAACAAACUAGGUAAGUUCCCUAACAUUGUACGAUAUUACUGCCAUUAGGUAGUUCUGUGUAAGCCGAGAGAAACAAAUCGUCGCGGCCGAGAGAAACAAAUCGUCGCCACUUUUUAAAAGUGUCUCUGAAACAUUUCAGUCAUUUGGACUUUGCAAUAAGCGUAAGAGUUUUGCAAAGAAAGAGAGAUGUGGAGGAGAGUGGUAUUAUAAAUAUUCCCCUGCCAGACAAGGUAGAGCAGAAAGCACUUUGAUAAAUAUUAUUGAAAGAGUAGAGGAGACGGGACAGUCAUGACCUGAAUGCCGUCACUGAUUAAUCCAGCUGAAUACCAUUGCCAGGCAAUGUCAGUCCCCACUCGCAGUGCUCAGAGGAGAGUUAAUCAGACAUAAAAGCUCUUCCACCUCUCCCUCGACGACCUCUGCCUUCCCCUUCUUAUGCCCAGAUCAAUGAAGAAUACAUAAACAGGCUUGAAGGAUAUCUGAAAAGCAGCUCGCUCUCGGUCACUCUCAGGGGCUCACUCAAGCAUUUUUCCCAUUUUGUUCCCACUAUGACUCUUUCUUUUGUCCCUCCUUUAUGCCCAUGUUCACUCCAGAGGCUUUUCAUCCUAGUCUAACAUUUAAAGUAUCAUGCUAUUACAAUUAUAUUUUAGACAUGGCAUGUUUUGUUGACACUACCAUGAUUGUAAUGCCAUUUACCAUGCAAAUGUUAUGGAGCAUGAUGAUAUUACUCAUGGUAUCUAAUACCAUAAUAGUACCAUAGUAUC